UACAACAUAGAAGAGUUCGUGAAGCGUAAAACCAAAAGGUUAAAAGUAAGUUGCUCUAUGUAAAUGCUAUAUACAACAGCACAGCAAUUUUGCUGAUAAUGAGCAACAAAAAUCUUUGUGAACUGAUUAAAAACUGUGCAUUUGCCAACAUUGUUAUCUGCAUUUUUCCGUAUCGCAAUAUGUUAGGGUCAAUAAGCAGAUUGAAGCAAAAGUUAUGACAGUACUGUUAGUAGAUUACUGUGAAAUAGAGUGUGUUUUCAUAAUGGUGGACCAAAUCUUAAAUGGAUGGUUCAGUGAAAUUCAAAAUGAAUUGUGGCCGGGCCAAGCAUUUUCAUUAAAACUAUCGAGAGUUCUUCAUGAAGAAAAGUCAAAAUACCAGGAUAUCAAAGUACUAGACACCUAUAAGGACGUGUAUUCUAAUAACGCUAUAUGACAAAAACGGGAUAUUCCAAAACACUUUUUUCGAGUGCCACGUAUGGGACAUGUUUAGUUUUGGAUGGAAUUAUUCAGUGCACUACUCGGGAUGAGUUUUCCUACCAAGAAAUGAUAUCAUUUUUACCGUUAAAUAGCCAUCCUGCUCCGAAAAAAGUUCUUAUUGUGGGAGGUGGUGAUGGGGGUGUUGCGCGAGAAGUUUCGAAACAUCCUUUAGUGGAAGAAAUUCAUCAAGUAGAAAUUGAUGAACGAGUAGUUGAGUUAUCAAAAGAAUUUUUACCAAAUAUGGCAUGUGGAUUUAAAAACCCCAAAGUUAAGCUUACCAUUGGAGAUGGAUUUAAAUAUAUGAAAGAACAUACAAAUGAAUUCGAUGUAAUUAUAACUGAUAGUUCAGAUCCUGUUGGUCCUGCAGAAUCAUUGUUUCAAGAAAGUUACUAUGAACUCAUGAAAAAUGCGUUGCGGCCAGGAGGCAUAGUGUGUUCCCAGGGUGGAAGCUUCUGGUUGAACUGUGCGUACGUUAAAAAGACUAUGGAUGGAUGUAAAAAGCAUUUUACCAAAGUAUCGUACGCUCAUACAUCAAUUCCAUCUUAUCCAUGUGGACAUAUUGGUUUCGUGAUUGGUUGUCUUGAUUCGAAUACAAAUUUCAAAACCUCGUUACACAAUUACAGUGAAGCGGAAUUAGAAAACAUGAAAUUGAAAUAUUAUACCAGAAAUAUACAUUCUGCGGCUUUUUCAUUACCACGAUGGGUAGAAUUAUUUCUCUCUAACGAAUAAGUAGAAGUAAAACUUUAGUUUUGUUUUAUGUUUUUAAAUGAAAAAACUCAAACAAUAAACGUGUUUUUCGCUUCGAAAA